AUGAAGGUGGAUGUCGUGUUUCGGGUGAGCUGUGCGAGAGCACAAUCGCUGCAUUACCGGGACGAAGGACUGGCGGAGGACAUUGUGCAGGAGACGUUCAUGAUCUCGGUGAGGUGUGGCAGCUACAGCUACGUGAGCCAGCUGCAGAGCCAGCUAGGGGCAGUGUACCCGUUCAUUGCGGUGGAUAGCAUUGCGGACCUGGACAUCACGGUGGCAGAGGCGUACGACACGGUGGCGACGGUGUGGGAGAACUACCAGAACUACGGCGAGGAUGAGCGUGGAGAUGAAGAAGGCGCCGAGCAUGGCGACAUCGAGGAGCAGAACGUGUCGGUGGUGGCGGUGGCAAGGUUCACGGGCACGACGCAUGGCGAGGUGUGCCAGUUCCACGACGUGCUGCAGCAGCACCCGGUGAGCGCCGAGCUGCGGAAGGCGCUGAAGGACACCAGUACGGACGCGUUGGACAUCAACUCGUACUUCAUCCGGUUCCCUUCUGGCCGCUCGCACCGGUUCGACGGCCACUCUUACGACUCGCUCGAGGGCUGCGACACGUUGGUGGACCAGCUCCUGACGUCGACGGAGAAGUACGUGGUGACGGACGCGGAGGGCGGCGAGAGCGUGGAGUUGAGCACGCAGCAGUGCGUGGUGGUCGAUGCCUACGACCAGGACUCGUGCUACAAGCCGUACAUCAUGGUGAACAAGAGCGGGUUGCGGCAGCUGGAGAGGUUUGGGCCGAUCGGGACGCUGAAGAUCCGCAUCCACGGCGAAGAAGCGGAGUCAGCUACGCCGACGCCGUUGCCAGCGGCCGGCACAAACCGCCCGCCAAACACAUACCAGGCCGUCUUCGAGGCGUACUCGGACGCCCUUGGCCUAUUCCAGGCGAUGCGCAGCGAUGGCGGCGACAGAGUGUCCGCCAGCGAGAGAGUCCUCAUGGACGAGGUCGUGAGGGAGCUCGUGCCCCUCCUCGACUCGAUCCGGACGGCCAUGCCGGAGCCACAGGAGCCGCAGCCGCCCCUGCUCCGCCGGGCGUACCGCUCCGGCAUCUCCCUGGCCCGCCGUUUCGCCUUCAACUGGCUCUUCAGCGGGCUCCUGCUGAACGUCGGCUUUGUGCUCUCGCAGUACUUGCUCAUGUGUCUCUUCUGGGGCCUCAUUCUCCCGACGCUGGGCCUGCCCCGCAACUACAUUGCCGUUGCCGUCUUUGCCGCCAACCUCUUCAGCGAGAACAUGCUCACGAUGCUUGAGCGCACGGGCCGGGAGGGCGGCAUCGGCGCCUGUCUCCGGGUCCAUGCCUGGAUGCGUCUCCUCAAGGCCGCCGCCGCCAGCCACGUGGACACGCUCUACCAUGCCGUCGUGCUCUUCUGCGUCUCCUACCAGAGACCUGUCUACAGUCCGGACGGCAGCCUCGACCCGGCCAGCGAGGCCGACGAGGCCCGCCGCAGAGCACAGAGCCUGCUCCGCCGUCUCGGUCUUCUUCUCCUGCGGACCGUCCAGGACCUCCUGCUCUUCGUGCUCACGCUAGAGCCCAACUUCGCCGAAGUGUACCAACGGGUCCUGCGGGAGGUGCAGACACAGACCCCGAACCAGGCACGCGUCCAACACGAGGACUAG